CCCCCCUUUGAUUCUUACCUGAUGCGGAGUUCGGUUUAAAAAAAAGCUACGUCACAAUCCUAGAUACAUUUGCCGCUUUUGGUAAAAAACUCCAAAGAGAGAGAUCACAUCCCAAGUGAUUGAACGCCUCCCGGGUAAGUCUAUAGUUCCCUCAAGUUGAGGCAACUUGACUACCCCAUUUCCCGCUGGGUCUCACCUCUCUUUCUCUCUCUCUCUCUCUUCCCACUUUCACCACUUGACUUCUCUCCAACCAUCUCAUCAACCAACUACUACUGCUCACACAGCACACACCUCGACCAUGUCACGAUUCGAUCAGCUCUCGCGGACAGAGUCGAGAGCCUCUACCAUCUCGAGGAACCAGAGCUUGAUCAAGAAGAACACUGCCCCUCAUGAGCUUAAACCUUCCGACAUUCUCAUCGAGCGAUUCACCGCUUGGAAGCAGAUUGUCAAGAUGCUCAUCUCCUACUUUGAGGGAGUCGCAGACAUUGAGGCCAACACGUCCAAGGAAUUGACCAAGCUUGGCGCCGUUAUCCAAGUCCCUUUCCGACCCGGAAAUCAAUUCUUGGGCGAGGGUGGAAUGCAGGACGUGUUCUACACCAUCAGAGACAAGACUCGAGUCAUCGCCGACUCUCACUCGUCUCUUGCUAGAACCAUUGAAUCCUCCAUCGUUCAGCACCUCCAGAAGCUCCGACAGGAGAUCAAGGCUCACCUCAAGAAUGUUCAGAACGACACUGGUAAGCUCGCCGCUUCCGUCGCCAAGGAGCGAGAGCUCUCCACCAAGGCCAUCAGCGACCUCGCCCGAGCUAUCAGUGCCGUCAACCACACGCCCAUGUCGGUCACUGCCAAGGAAGACCCCUUCGCCGUCAACAUGGCUGUGAACAAGCAGCUCCAGCGACAGGUCCAAGAGGAGAACGCUCUCCAAAAGUCCAUCGUCAUCAUGCAGCAAAACUCUGCUCACUUCGAAGAGGGUAUCGUCCGAUCCAUCCAAUCGGCCUGGUCCACCUUUGACGAAUGGCAAUCCCGAAUGUCGACCUCUGUCCAAGAGACUUGGCGACAGCUCGGAGUCAACAUGGCUCAGCUCUUGCCCGACCGUGAAUGGAUCUCGUUCGCUGCCCGAUCUGACCACCUGCUCGACCCCGAGACUCCUCUCCGAAACCCCGACAUGAUCGACUACCCUGGAAAGAACGACCCAUCUGUUGUUCCCAUUCACACUGGUCUCCUCGAGCGAAAGAAGCGAUUCACCAAGUCUUACAAGGAAGGAUUCUAUGUCCUCACUCCUGCUGGUUACCUCCACGAGUAUGCUUCGUCCGACGCUAGCACCGCUACUCACCCCAUCUGGUCGCUCUUCUUGCCUGCUUGCACUCUUGGACCUCCUUCGUCAGCCACCACUGCCAAGUCUCACAAGUUCCACAUCGAAGGCCGCAAGGAUGGCACUUCGGCUUACGGCAAAUCCCCCGGUGCCAAGAACUUCUUCAGCGGAAGCGACACUGCUUUCACUUUCCGCGCUCGUUCUCACGAGGAGAUGAUGGAACUCUGGAACGACCUCCGAAUGCUCGUCGCUCGAUACCUCGUUGCCUCGGAGCAGAUGGAGCGAGACGGACCUGUCGCCCAGGCUGUCCGAAGCGUCGGAUACGUCACUGACGAGGAGGAAGAGGGUGAGGAGGAAGAGGAGGAGGGCAGCUCGGUCGAGGCGGAGGAGGAGGAAGAGGGCGAACACGAGGAUGAGCACGAGCAUGAAGGUGAGGCCGCCCACCACGACGGUCACGAGGACGUCCCUGCCUACUCUUCCGGUGAUGCUGGCCCGAUCGAGGUCGGACCCAACGGAUACGCCAUCGACAAGAAGGAGGGAAAGCCUGAACUUGAACCCGAGGCCGCAGGAUCCGAUGCGGGUGCCGGUGGUUUGUCCCGACGAGAAGAAAAGGCGCCUGCGAGGGAAGAGCCUACAACUGCCGACGACUAGGCAGCCUUCUUGUUCUAGGUUCACCAUUCUUCCCCGCGGUCUUUGUUGAUAAUCAUGGACGGUCAAGUGUCGUACUACGCGUCUCUUCUGGUCUGGAUUGUUUAAUAUAUCUUCUUUUGUCUUCAUCAUCAUCGUCUGUCAUGUCGUCCCUCAGACUGUCCUUCCUACACGUAAGGAGCAGUGGAUUGACCAAGGCAUUCUUUCCUCCCUCUUCUCUUUCGUUACUGCUUUGCUCUUCUGCUUCUAUAUAUACAUAUACAAGAAUUGGCCUGAAUAAUCGUCGACUAGAUCUGCGGUAUGCGUUGUGAUGCAAAAAGUUUUGAAUCAAAAAGAA